GCAUCAGAUCGCUCUAGAUCGCUCCCGAGAUCGCCAAGGAUUGAUCGCCCAGGGAGGCUCAACGGAAGGCUUAUGAUCGGCCCGGCGGACGAAGAGCUUCGUUUUGUCCACCUGCCCAAGUUCGCGAAUUAUCAUGAAAAUUCGAUUAAUCAAGGCCUCAAGGCAUCCUGGGGGAUCGCCGCCCGCAGUGAUCGUGCUCGGUGUUGCCAUCGUUGGCUUCCUGUGUGUGGGUCAGUCGCCGUCGGCGGGCGUACAGGCGUUCGAUGUGCUGUUCGGCUACAACAAAAGUGAAUACUGGCAGAUGCCGCAGCUCCAUCUGUACGACAGCAUGGAGCACUGUCUGCACAACAAACCGAACGGCGUGUUUUGCGUGACGAAGGUGGCCAUCAAACCCGACGCCAGGUCCUCCGUUUGGCGCCUGAUUAAAAAAUACUCCAAGUACACGUUCCAGUACAACCACGACGUGUUGACGCGCGGAGUGUGCGUGGAGAAGUGUUCCGGUGUGAUUGAUGAGCUGGUAGCAUCCGGAACGCCAGCCGAUCGGUACUACGUGCCGAAGUUCAACAUGACUAAAAGGUUCAUCAUGUCCGACUGGAUGCUGCCGAAUGUAACGCACUACCGCAACGCGUACGGCCGUCUGGUGAACGUAUGCCAAAACUAUGCCCUCCGCUCACAGUACAACCUCAGUGGUUACGUCGAAAUCGAGGAGUGCACCACCAACGAGACCCUCGUCAGACCAACAGACGCUUUGGAUGUGGCCUACACAACGCUGCUGUGCACCCUGUUCAUAUUGGCCGUAGGUUCUCAGUGUUACGACAGCCGGCUGGCACGAGCUUCUUCCGGCGGGAAACACUUUGUGCGACCACUCAAAAACCGAGUGGCAACGAUGGCGACGGCUUUCUCCGUGCACAGGAACUGGGCUCGGUUGACACAGAAAUCGUCCCAGUGUCAGUACCAGCAGGAUCUGGACUUUAUCGAUCAGAUUCGCGUCCUGACGAUGUGCUUCAUUCUGAUGCUACACGUGUUCAUCGGCAUGGUCAUGUUCACCUCGCAGAACCCACUGGCGAUGGAAGAGUUCCUGGCUUACCCGGUGUCGCAGAUGCUUUUCUCGAUAGUGCCGUUCCAGGUGGAUCUGUUUCUUUGCAUCAGCGGGCUGCUGCUGACGGUGCAGUUCUUGCAGCACACGGAAAACAAACGCUUCCGUCUCAGCAUCCUCUGGCAGGGGCUAAUCAAUCGGUACCUGCGGUCACUUCCCGUCUACGCGGUGCUCAUGCUGUUUACCGUGUCCCACUACGACACCUUCCUGACGACACCGUCCGCGUACAAGAUUCUACCCAAAAUGCGGCUCAUCUGUCGGCGCAAGUGGUGGAUCAACUUCCUGUUCAUCAACAACUACUACCAGCCGGAGGAGCAAUGCCUCAUCCAUACGUGGUAUCUGGCGGCCGAUUUUCAGCUCUUCGUUAUCGGACUGCUCAUCAUGACGGUCCUCUGGAGAUUCCCCAAGGCCUCGUUCUGGUGCGCGGCCACGAUGGGUCUGCUCGGAUUCGUUCUCCCGAUGAUCAACACCUAUCUGAGUGCGGUGGACGCCGUAAUGCCACUGACAAUGAAAGGCAACGAGUAUCAGCUUUGGUACGAUGAGUAUUUCGUCCGAUCGUAUCAAGCCACGGAAACACACUGCGCCAGUUACUUCGGGGGUAUGAUCGCCGGCCUGAUGUACCACAAGAUUUCCCGCAAGGAUUUGUCUCUACCGAUCAAGACGCUGCGCAAUGUGUUCUUCCUCGCGUUGAUCGCGAUCGUAGGCUUUGCGUUGCAGGCCCCGCUCUACAACAUAAUGCAGUUCAGCAAACCGUCCAUCUGGAUGGCCUUCCUGUCCGGGGUGCACAAGCUGGCGAUCGGCUCGUUCUACUCAGUGACCUUCCUGUUGCUCGCUUUUCACGAUCGCAACACCGUCGUACGGCGCUGGUUCGCAGGAAACACGCUGAGCAGAGUGCUCGCGCGGCUAGGUUUCGGGUUCUACCUAAUGCAGAUGACGGUUCUGAAGGUGGUCUUCAGCAACUACCCGGAAGACACGCGCAUUAACGUGCAGCUGAUUAUUUCAACGUACUGCUCAACGUUCGUCCUUUCGUACGCCGUCGCGUUGGUAGCGUUUCUGCUGGUGGAGAAACCUUUCGAUGUGCUACUGAAACUGCUGCUCGGUCAGGGUAAACGCCAGGGAAAAUCACCAUCUUCAGAACCCGUCAAGCCACCGAACGGUGACGUCAUUAUAUCGACCGUGAUGGAGGUCGAUGGUCCGGUGAAGCUGCCUGGACAGGCUGAGCCUAACGGUCAGCCACCACACCAUCCAUAGAUUAGUUAGCUGAUAGGCUUUAGUGAAAUUAAUAUAAGGAUAACUUUAAGGAAUCUACAAGUGGACUCACCAGCACCAGCUCUUGAUUAAGUACUCAGUUAAUAGGGAAUCCGACAUUUAUUUGUUAUUGAAACGUAGCACGUAAGACGUUAGUGGAAAGUUGUAACUAUUGGUCCUUAAACGAUUCCUGGUCGGUGCCAUUUCACCGUGCCGCGCCGUGUUUCUGUGAACCUACGGAAGGAACGUAAACGAGUUGCGUUUAGCGUUUGAAACGCCUUGAUUUCGAAUGCGGGUCCCUCUCUUACUCAACAAUCGUUUGCAAAUGGCGGCACACGGAAACUCGACGAGUAAAGCCAGCACCAACGCGGCUGCGUAGCACCCAACCCACGAGUAGACCACGGAUUGGA